AUGGAUCCAAAGCUCGACCCAUUCUAUAUCGAGUUACUUGAGCAGACUUUUACUACAAGCAAGGCUGCCAUUGAUUUUUGUCGCAACCUAUGCGCUCAAUUUGGAUUCACUGUUAAGCAGGAAUCAAGCACACACCGCAAUAUUUAUGUUUACUGUUCUCGUGAAGGUCUUGCUGAUUCCGUUCGUAAUCCAAAAAGCAAUCCAAAGCGUAAACGUCCUUCAAAACGUUGCGACUGCAAAUGGCGUGUGGUGUUGAAUGAAAGCAAAGACACUCAUUUAUGGCGAUUUCGAAAAUCCAAUAAUCCAGAAGCGUUGCACCAUAAUCAUCCAUUGAUGCGCCCUGAAGAAGUUGAGCGUGGGUGGCCAAAGCAAGUGCAUGAGUUGAUCCGUGAGCUUGCACGUCAACAUUUGUCAACGCAAGAGAUUCGACAACAGGUGCAAAACCGGUUUCCAGACAUCACAUGGAAUGAACGUCGUUUUUAUAAUCGAUUAUCGGAGGAGCGACAAAAGAUACGACAACAGGAUACCACAGGACGUGCUCAUCAGCUUACAGCAACAUGGACCAAAGUAUGCAUGGCAGCUGCUGGUUGUGAAGAACUUACCGAUUACGCACAGACCCAAUUGAUGCAAAUGCUUGACACGAUUUGUAACAUGGCUCAGAUACCCGUUGACUCACUUGGCAAUCCACCAGCAUUGUCAUCUGAAGAGGAAGAGGAAGAAGAGGACAAUCAAAACAACCAUGAUACAUCCACAACAACACCACCAAAAGGGUUUACAGUGGUUGUGAUCCCUGAACAUACGUAUCUUGUCAAGGUAUACAAUCAACGCACCAUUCAACGUAAGCGACAACUUGCACAACCUGCUCCUCCUCAAACAACAACAACAACAACGCAGCAACCUCCCCAAGCAGCAACGGUAUCCAUGCAACCACCACCACCACCGCAACCAUCACAGCAACAACCAUUCCCAUCCACUACACCAUUUUCAAAUACCAACAGUAGACAUCGUACAGCUAUGGAUGCUAGUAACUAUAUGAUGUAUCCACCCAACAUGCCCAUGCAUUAUUACCCCUCUUUACCGGAAGAAGACAACAUGGCAUUCCCACCUUUGGAUACAUCCAGUGUGGCUAGCAGUAGUAGUCCAUCACCCGUCUCAGUAGCUACGCCUCCACCAGCAGCCACGGUGAUGAUGAAUGCACCUGCUACAGCAGCUGAUAGAUUGAUGCCACCUCCUCUCAAGAGACGUCGUUCAUCACAUCACAUGUCAUCCUCCACUUACUCCAUGGCUACAGCUGCUGCUGCUGCUGCUGCUGCUACUCAACAUCAUCACCAUCAUCCUCUUGCUCAACAAAGAUCGCCUUCGUCACCUAUCCAUCCAAACAACGCCAACAACAACCCUUUAACAGUUUGCAUACCCGGCACACCCAUGCCAACAUCUUCACCACAACAACCACCACCACCGCCGAAUCACCCUCAACACCACCAACAUCCUCAUCUUCGAUCACAACAUCCACCCCCGGUUUUGGUCACGUCAGAGUCACAUCGACAUCAUGAUCAGCCACAGAUGCCCUUUUACCAAAACUAUUGGUAA